AGUGAGUACCAGCUGGUGCUGCAUGUGGUCCCCAGUAAAUCUGCUCUGCGCACGGAGCAGCAACACAGAUCAGUCCGACUGGAGAUAAACGCGCGCUCUCUACUAUUGCUUUUGUUUGUUUGGAUUUCUUGUCCUUUUAGUUUGACAAAUGGCCGAGCACUGGAAGAGGCAAUGAAUAACACAACCGGCUUUGCGCUGGUCGAAGCCGGCAGCCGGGAGGAGUUACCGGCGCACCGAGCUUUAACGGGCUGCGUCCUGGCGCUGCUUAUCAUUUGGACGCUUUUUGGCAACUUCACGGUGUGCGCAGCAGUUUAUCGCUUCCGGCACCUGCGCGCCAAAGUAACCAACAUCUUCAUCGUGUCCCUGGCUCUGUCGGACCUCCUGGUCGCCGUGCUGGUGAUGCCGUGGAAAGCUGUGGCUGAGGUGGCUGGUUACUGGCCGUUUGGAGGGUUCUGUAAAACCUGGCUGGCAUGCGACAUCAUGUGCUCCACGGCCUCCAUUCUCAACCUGUGCCUCAUUAGUGUGGACCGAUACUGGGCCAUCUCCAGCCCUUUCCUCUAUGAGAGGAGUAUGAACAAGAAGGUGGCCUCUGUUAUGAUCGGUGUGACCUGGGCAGUCUCCCUUGCCAUCUCUUUCGUCCCCGUGCAGCUGAACUGGCACCGUGCGGAGAUGGGUGAUCCACAUGGGGAGGAUUUGGCGCUUCUCGGUGUUGAUGGGAACUGUGACUCCAGCCUGAGCCGCACAUACGCCAUCUCCUCGUCCCUCAUCAGUUUCUACAUCCCCGUGGCUAUCAUGAUUGUCACAUACACUCGCAUCUACCGGAUAGCCCAGAUGCAGAUCCGGAUGAUAUCCUCUCUGGAGCGGGCGGCGGAGCACGCGCAGAGUUGCCGCUCCAACGUACCUGAACUUUGUCCUCACCGGUUCACGAAAAUCGGUGCCAACUCACAUCAGCCUCAUAUCAGUCUUCAUCCUGAUUCUCAGCGCUCCAAUCAGUCACACCGGGAGCUCAGAGUCUCCAUCAGAAAAGAGACGAAAGUCCUCAAAACUCUGAGCAUCAUUAUGGGUGUUUUUGUCUGCUGCUGGUUGCCAUUCUUUGUCCUGAACUGCGCUCUGCCCUUCUGUACCGGACCAGAGGACCAGCGGGGGCCAUACUGCGUCAGCGAAAAAACCUUUGAUGUCUUUGUGUGGAUCGGCUGGAGCAAUUCGUCCCUCAACCCGGUCAUCUAUGCGUUUAACACGGACUUCAGAGACGCCUUCCUGCGCUUGUUGCGCUGCCGCGGACGAGGCUGCUGCGCAGCGGUGAGCGCAGCGGUGGAGACGGUGAUGGCGAGCAACGAGGCCGGAAACCUAAAGCAGGAGAGCCCACUGAAACUGGACGUCUCCUGUGCCAUGAAUACCAGGGGAAGCGAGGACAGCGGGAACACAACGGUAACUGUGUUUUAUCACAGAGCGACUUCCUUGGAGCAGGUCACGGACACUGAGGAAAGUAACGACAAAGACAGACUGACGCAGAUACCAAUAUAAGUGACACCAUUUGCAAAGGACCAGGAAAAAUAUGCAAAGAAGGUGGAUAGUGUGCCAUCCGACCCCAGUAGGCCUAUAGUACAGGGGCGGGAAAGCAUUUAAGCACAGCGAAUUUACUCCCAGAUCUUUAACAUCUAUGUGUACAAAAAGCAGCUGCAUGUAGACUAAGAUGUUCCACCUUAGGAGAUCUGAUGAUGACAAAAUAACAAAAUAACAGAAAAACUGUGUUUUCAUGAGCAUGGUACAUCUCUGGGAAUAAUUAUGUUGGAGCUGUACUUUUUUUAAUGGUGUGUGGGCUACAUACUGCAUAGCUCAUUUUUGUUCACAUGAUGUUUACCCAACAAAGACUUUGUAGUCUAGUAGCCUAGUAAUGUAUUGCAUUUUUGGGAAAAAUUCAUUGAAAGGACUACUUCUCUAUCAGCAAGAUUACAUAAAAUAGAAGAGGUGACUGGGGUUUGCAAUAUUUUUUUCUGCAGUUAAAUCGAUUUAAAAAGAAACUCAGAAGGAAAUAAGUAAUUUCCUUUUUUCACCAUGGCACUUAUUUGAGUCCUUUUCUAAAAAACAGCUAUACAUGCCAAAACAAAACAGUAAGGCAGACACUUGAUUAGUUCAAAGUCUUGAAUCAAGUUGGGAUAGGUGUGAUCAUCUCUCCCCUCAUUCAUUUAGUUUUAGAUUAGAAUUUAUCUUGUACAUGGAUGAUAAAACACCUUAAAAUCAAAUGGUGAAGUAAUAUGACACAUUUCAAAUGUAUUUUCAGAUUAAUGGUUACCACAAACAAGUCAAAUAUCGCACCCAUUUUACUGCGAAAACACUGACAUAUUUAACACUGAGGAUGGGUAUUGUUGGCUUCCAUUCAAGGCCUUUCUCCAUCAUGGAGAGACAGGUCAGGAUUUCUCUGAAUCUCUAAAAAUGGGAUUAUGUAACUAACUCACAUUAGCACCUGUCAGCUGUGCAUCUUGUAUGGAUGCACUGUGCACUCUGUUUCCCCUUUCUAUCCCCUGGAAGAAGCAAACAUGAAUAAUUUGUAAAGGUUGUUCCUGUGAAAGAUGCCCUGACCAGUGAGAAUACAGAAGCUUUUUACAGUGACAACUGUGCUCCAUGAUGAACUCUCUGCAGAUUAACAUCUGUUCAUUUUUGUUUAAUGAGACACCCUUGUUAGUGUUAAAUAUGAAAGCGGGUGUUACAGCCUCAAGGAGGUACAAACCUUAAUGGAGCCAACAAGAUCCCAUCCUAAGCAAAUAUGUUGGUGGUUGUGAUUAAAUUACAGGAUUCUCCCCCCCCCACACACACACACUUUAUUACUGAGAGUUAGAUGAGAAGAUUGAUACCACUCUCAGACAUAAGCGGUAUGGAUUUUCUUAUCUAACUGCAAGAGAAUAAUUGUGUUUCCCAAAAAUGUCAAAAUAUUCCUUUAAAGUACACCACAUCUUAUGGAUCAGUGCAAUAACUGAUAGAUAGUCUUCAUUUCCAAUUUCACUGAAAAUGUAUGCAGUUAUCACAUGUAUUGUCUCUAUUAGGCACCAGUGAUAACAUAUUUGUGUUUAUUCGGAUUAUGCAGGAGUGAGAAAACACAGAGAUGGUACAGGAUGCUGUAUAACUGUUUGCAGAGGGGAAGCGUGUGCAGACUUUUGCUAUUCGCUGUGUAAUGGGCAUGUAACCUACAUAGGACAUCCAUCAGCUGUAGGCUUCUCUAACUAAUGUAAGAAUAGUCACCAUACCAAAGAGGAUUAAUAAAACAUAGGUCAAAUACAUUUUUAAAAA